UGAACUGAACUGAACUGCCUCGCCAAAAUAUAAACAAGACCGCAGUCAGCACACAGCUAUUACCUUAUCACUGGAACAGGUGAUGGUGGUGUGUAUGCACCAGACAAGUACAUUAGAUGGUGUGGCAUAAUGGAAUCUUUCACAAAUUUAAAGGGAAAUACAUAAAACAUGGUGCAAUUAGGGUAUUCUCUUUGUGCGCACCCUGCUGGUGGCGGCUGGCGUUCACUUGCACGACAAUCUGCUGCCAUCCGCAUCCUCUGAGCCUUCUUCAAGAAGAAAAGUUAGCUGCCCCGCCAGUAAUAACAUCACAGGACCUUAAGGGCAGUGUGUAUUCUGCAAGGCAGGGGGGGAGGAGGCUGAUUUUGAAUCAGUCUUGGAAGAUAGCUCAGUGCUGUGGCUGUGAGUGUAAUUACUUCAAGACGAUAAGAAAAUAUCAUAGCAUUAGCGAAGAUUAGCUACCUCCAGUUCUUCCCACAGAGGACUUCAGCUAUGAGGAAGUACUAGAGGACCAAUAAGGUCUCUAAUGAUGUCAGUGUUUUUCUUGGCCUGUGAUUUGCUGUGCUGACAUCACAGCUAGAGCAUGAGAACAUGCCUACCAGGUGUGGCAGGAUGCCUCGCCCACCUCACAUUCCAUUCUCCGCACCCUUCCCUUGGGACCUGACCCAGCCUCUGGCCACUCCGGCCAUCACCAUGUAGGAGUGAAGUGAACCUCCCUUUGUCUCCCGUGCCUGCUUGCUGCUGUGGUUCAGAUGCGUGGGGUCCUAGUGAGGUCACAAGUCCCUGGCCAUGACCUGAGUCAUCACUUUUGCGGCAGACUGACCCCAACAUCAGCAGUCACCAUCCUGCCAACCUCAGGAUGUGACAUGAAUAAGUAUAACCUGCAGAGAGUUUGACAGCAAAAUGGCUGGUGUGGCAAGAAGAUUCUCCCGAGUAGUCUUGGGAAUAUCAGGUGGUGUGGACAGUGCUGUGGCUGCUCUUCUCCUCAAGAAAAAAGGAUAUGAGGUCACAGGGGUGUUCAUGCGUAACUGGGAUGAGAGGGAUGAAAAGGGACACUGCACUGGAGAUGCUGAUGCAGAGGAUGCUGAAUGGGUAUGCCGCAAACUGGAUAUCCCUUUCCAUGAAGUAAAUUUUGUUAAGGAGUAUUGGAAUGAUGUUUUCAUGUACUUGAUAGAAGAAUAUAAGGCAGGUUUUACACCAAAUCCAGACAUCAUGUGUAAUAAGAAGGUGAAGUUUUCAGCCUUCCUCAAAAACGCUCAAGAGAUUUAUAAUGCAGAAGUUAUUGCAAUGGGACACUAUGCACGAAGCUCCUUCGGUGAAGAAUUGGAAAACUAUGAUAUCAGAAAAGGAGCAAGGCUACUCCAGAGUUUUGAUCGUAUCAAAGAUCAAACAUUCUUUCUCAGCCAGAUUCCCCAGAAAGCUCUGCAACGCACACUUUUCCCUAUCGGAGACUACAACAAAGCUGUGGUGCGCAAGAUAGCAGAGAGUGCAAACCUGCAUCAUGUAGCAGACAAACGAGACUCCACAGGGAUUUGCUUCAUUGGAGAAAGAAAAUUCCAGGAUUUUAUAUCAGAAUAUGUUGAUGACAAGCCUGGCAACUUCAUUGACCUGGAGACUCAGAAAGUAGUGGGCACUCACAAGGGACUGCACCAGUGGACUGUGGGACAGAGAUGUAAUCUCUCACCCUUUCCUUUACCCUAUUAUGUUUGUGAGAAGAAUGCUGAAACUAAUGACAUUAUUGUGGUGUCUGGAACUGAUCAUCCAGCCUUGUUUACCUCCAUCCUCUUUACUGAGCCUGUAUAUUGGAUUCACAGUCCUCCAUCCCAGCUGUACUCCCAAGGGCAGUUGGAAUGUCUUUUUCGGUUCCAGAACACUGCCAAACUGAUUCCGUGUGUCAUAACUUCUGAUGAUGCCAAUCCUUGGCAUCGCUCUCCUAUACAAAAUAACAUGGUUGUUAGUUUGGCUAAGCCACUUCGUGCCAUAACUCCAGGACAGUAUGCAGUUUUCUAUUUUGGAGAUGAAUGUCUGGGAUCAGCCCGGAUUCUUCGCCCAGGACCCUCAUUGUACACACUUAAUGUGCAGGAUUGUAGAAACAAAAUUUUAAAAGAGAGAGAAAAGCAGCCAUCUCCUAAACAUGGAGACUAACUCCUGGAGAAUGUAAACAGUAAGAAGGAUUGGUAUUAAAUUUGACUUCAAAAAAUUUCUCUUGUCUUUUUAUGUAUAAAUUCAGAACCAAUUGUAAAUAAACGUUCUUUAUAUCAA